CUCCACUAAAGAAGGUACAAAAUACAAGCAUCGUGGUUAAUUGAUAUUUUCAUCUUUCGUCUCAAAUGUUUUUAAUUGUUUUCAUUUAACGAAACAUCGUUGUUGUUUCUAAAUAUCUAGUAAUCAUGGGGAAACGAUAUUACUGUGACUUUUGCGAUAAAUCUUUCGCAGAUCUACCGAACAACAGGAAAAAACAUAUAAAUGGAAGUCUUCACCAAAGGAUGAGAAAGCAACAUUAUGAUGCGUUCAGAGAUGCAGAAAGUAUUCUAGCAGAAGAAGCUCAUAAAAUACCUUGCAAACAACUUUUGAGAACAGGAACAUGCAAUUUUGGCCCAAAUUGUCGAUUUUCUCAUUUAACUGCUGAUACACGCUUAGAGUUGGAAAUGGAGAUUUGGGCAAAGAAAGAAGAAGCGAAACAGAAACUUCUAGAACGAAAGAGAUCAGCAAUUGCUCCUACUUUUGAAGAUUGGUUAGAGAAAAGGGCCAAACGCCCAAAGAAAAAAGUACUGCCAACAAUGGCCCUUCCUGAGUGGACUCUACCCCCUCAACUACUCUACUUACCUUCAAUCCCAUUAUCAUUACAGCCUCCCCAAGUGGAAGAUUUUAAGAGCAUACCUCGCAUAGACUGGGGUUGAGUGCAUGGAUUGUGUGUAUAUAUAUAUAUGGGGAUGACAUCAUGUAUAUAGCAAUGUGUGUGUGUGUGGAUUGUAUAUUAUAUAUGGCUGUGUAGGGGGUUUUUUUGUGAUGGAAUCUGUAUCAACUGAGUAAAGAUUAAAUCCACUGCUGACAUAUUAGUAA